CCAUUCAUCUGGCAAAACAAUAACAACACCUGAACACGUGUGUGUCGAGUGCACGUCUAUCGCUGUCUAGCGUGGUUUAGUUGUUUUAUUGGUCGAAACUGAAGCAAAAUGCCGAAAGUCAAAGCCGAAAAGAAAAGCCGACAGCAUGAAUCGGCUCCCAAGCAAGGAAUCAUGUUUAACAAGGAUCUUGGUCAGCACAUAUUGAAGAAUCCACUUGUGAUUGUGAGCAUGUUGGAGAAGGCCGACGUCCGACCCACAGACACUGUCCUUGAAAUUGGUCCUGGCACAGGAAACAUGACCGUCAAGCUCUUAGAGAAGGCUCGCAAAGUGGUUGCAUGCGAAAUCGACACACGGCUGGUUGCAGAGUUGCAGAAGCGAGUGCAGUGCACGCCACUGCAGCAGAAGUUGGAAAUCAAGGUGGGCGACGUGAUCAAAGCUGAGCUGCCCUUCUUCGAUCUGUGCGUCGCCAACAUCCCCUACCAGAUCUCCUCGCCGCUCAUCUUCAAACUGCUGCUUCACAGACCUUUUUUCAGGUGCGCCAUCCUGAUGGUGCAGUUGGAGUUUGCGCAGCGACUGGUCGCCCAACCCGGAGAAAAAUUGUACUGCAGACUGUCCAUCAACACGCAGCUACUGUCUAAAGUCAAUAUUAUCAUGAAGGUAGGGAAAAAUAACUUCAGGCCGCCGCCAAAGGUUGAGAGCAGUGUUGUGCGACUGGAGCCGAGGAAUCCACCGCCACCGAUCGAUUUCAAGCAGUGGGAUGGGCUGACCAGGAUUGCAUUUGUUAGGAAAAACAAAACCCUCAGUUCACUUUUCAAGCAGAACUCUGUUUUGGACACAUUGAGCAAAAAUUAUAUGACCUACUGCUCACACAAUGAAAAGGAGGUUCCAAAAGACUUUGACAUGAAGAAAAAAAUUGCGGAUGUUUUAGGCAAAAGUGGAUUUUCCGAAAAGCGUGCGAGGACAAUGGAUGUAGAUGAUUUCAUGCAGCUCUUGCUGGCAUUUAAUCAAGAGGGGAUCUACUUUGGAUAGAUGGAAGCAAAAACAUAAAUUUUCUAAUAAAUAAAAGCAAAAGAUAUGUAUAUAUGCUAAAAGGGUAUGUUUUAAUUUUUGAGGAUGGAAAACCCC